AUUAUUUUCAAUAAAAUAAUUUGUAAAAUAUUUCUAUUGUAUACAUGAAACAAUUAUAAACAAUGACAUCAAGUUCAUCUACAGUGCCUAAUAAUUGUAACAGCAGUUUUAGUGAUAGUGGCUAUGUAAAUGGAACUUUGCAUAAAACUGGUAGUCUUGAAUAUAUUGAUGAAGUACUACGUUACGCUGGCACUAAACAAUACAUUUUCCUACAAGCUCAUGUCUGUGCCAUUCGCCAAGUGACUGUUCCCGAUAAAUCAGAUUUUCAUGAAACAGAUGCAUUAAUCUAUAUUGAAAAAUAUUAUAAAAAAAGACGAGCUCAUUGUAACGCAUCUCUGAUAGAAGAUCGAAUUUGUUUAAGACGUGUGAAACAGUCAGGCAAAGUACCAUUUCAUCCAUGGAUUGUAUAUAAUGAAAUAAAAUUCUUCUUUAUUAGUCGAAAACGACCGGAAUACUUUGUCUUGUGCAUCGAUUCAAAUCAUGAUCGAAGAAAAUACUUUGAAAUAUACAAAUGUAAAUCAGCUGAGCAAGUUCAACUAAUUGAAGAGAAGAUCAAAGAAGCAAUGGCUGAUCCUGACAAAUUACUACGUAAAAAUCAUUUUUUAAAUCGUGCAAGUCUGCCUCCUCAGAAAAUUAAAAAUAAAAAUAUGUCAAUUCCAGAGGUCAGAGUAGAAGAUUUCGAUGAGUUGAGUAAAGAUAAUAAUAAUAAUAAUAUUGAUAACAACAAUAAUAAU